AACCUAACCAGCAUAACACUCAUAAUAGUGUGGGCGCGUCCAGGGAAAGAAAGGAGUGUCCUUGUCUGCGACACAAAAUCGGCCACCUGCCGCCGGUCUUCUUGUGUCCGAGGUAGCCUCAAUGACGCUGGACAGCGAUAGCGUCGUCGGACGUCGGGUCGCGUGCGACGGACACCGCGGGACGGUGCGUUACGACGGCGAGAUCGAGGGUGCAGGCGCCGGACGCUGGCUGGGCGUCGAGUGGGACGAGCCCUUGAGGGGCAAACACGACGGCGUCCACCAGGGACGAAAGUAUUUUGAUACAAAUCAUCCUACAGCUGGCUCCUUCGUCAGGCUGCACAAAGUGACACUGGGCCGGUGCUGUUCUGAAGCUCUGCUUGAGCACUACGAGUCCAACUUCGAGGCACAGUUGACCAGCUUUCGAACCGGCAGCUCUGGCGUGCUCAAAACAGCUGAGUUCGUCGGCUUUGAUAAGCACCUGGAGAAGAUCAGCAACCACCACAGUCUGCAAAUCGUGGUCCUGAGUGGCCUGGCAAUCAGGGAUGGCGACAGCAGACUGUCGGAGCUGUGUCCCAAAGUCGAGGAGCUGGACGUCAGCAAGAACUUGCUGUCCAACGUAGAAGACCUUGCGUCUAUUGUGAAGCAACUGCCUCGCCUCAAAACCCUUCUCAUUAGCCACAAUUUAUUCAACUCCUGGGCGGGGCCAAAAGAACCAUUCGCCAGGAUAGAAAAUCUAGUUGCCGCGAAUAUGGAUUUAGAACAGCUGGAAGACAUUGCAGAUCUCUUUCCCAAUUUGGUAUCUUUAAAAGUGCCUCGCAACAGACUCAGCAACCUCACGUACUUGAAUCUGCCAUUCCUGCAGGAGCUGGAUUUGGAGGGGAAUCAACUAGGGUCGUGGGAAGCUGUGCAUAGUUUGUCCAAAUUGCCUAACUUACAGAUUUUGCAUUUGAACAACAACAGGAUUCCGUCAAUUCCAGUAUUGUCACAGGAUGACUUUCCGCAGCUUCGAACUCUGUUUUUGACAGGCAACAAAGUGUCCGAAUGGGCGUCAGUUAGCAACCUAGAUAUACUGCCUUCGUUGGAGGAACUGAUUUUUAAAGAAAAUCCAGUUCUAAGCGCUGAAAACCCAGAAACCAACAGGCAGAUCUUAAUCUGCCGACUGGAAAAAUUGAAGACCCUGGACAAGGUGUGCGUGACGGCAGCUGAAAAGAAGGGGGCCGCCUUCGAUUACCUCAAGAAGUACGGAAUGGAGUUCCUGGCUUGCAGAGCCGACCCGCAGGAGUUGAACAAAUUCCUAAAGGCGCACCCGUGCUACCAGCGACUGGUUGAUGUGCACGGAGCCCCAGAGGCGUCCGAGGUGGGCGGCCAGAAGAAGCCAAACCUUCUGAUCAGUGUGGUGAUCAAGUGUCCCCAGCUCGAUCAGAUAGGGCAGCUGGAGAAAAAACUGCCAAGGACCAUGAAGGUCCAGCGACUGAGGGGCUUGAUGCCGAAGCUGCUGCCGUCCGCACCCAACAGGCUAAAGCUGAGCUACAUCUGUCAGGACAAGCCGGACAUUAAGUACGAGUUUGACAACGACCUUAAGGACUUGGCCUUUUAUUCGAUCGAGGACAAUGACAGCAUUCUGGUCGAGUGGUGAAUUAAAUAAUGUGAUACUAAAUUUGAUCGGACUUCUUUAAUUGGGCAUUCCUGAUAAUCAAAUUAAUAUGUAUGUAUGAUUGUGCACUUCAUACAAUAAAAUAUUACUUACA